UUUCCUAAAUUAGUAUUACAUUUGGAGCCCCUCCGCUUUCUCCGCCGCUGAUAAUGUUGAGCUCCUCUUCCUUCAAUCUUCAAUUUCAGCUACUUUUGUUGUGGGUGAUGAAUUAUCUUCACUCUUUUGUGGUCUUUCUUCUUGCUCAGCUUGCAGAAGUGUGUGUACCGGUGAAUGUCCAUGAGUUUUGAAGUAACUCACAAGAGAGCUACAACAUUAUAUCUCAGCUUUAUAGAUCUAUGAAAAAUGAUCAAAUUGUUUAAAGUAAAAGAGCAGCAAAGAGAGGAGAAUGGCAAUGGGAGGGGCCCUCGUAACAAGCAGACUUUUGGGGAACUGCGUCUAUGCAAAGACAUUACUGAGCUGAACCUGCCCCAUGCUUGUACAAUAUCAUUUCCAGGAGGGAAGGAUAAGUUGAUGAACUUUGAGAUUAAAAUUCAGCCAGAUGCUGGAUACUAUGUUGGAGGAAAAUUUCUGUUCUCUUUCGAUGUUCCAUCGCUCUAUCCACAUAAUCCACCAAAAGUGAAGUGCAAGAACAAGGUAUAUCAUCCUAAUAUCGAUUUGGAGGGUAAUGUAUGCCUCAACGUACUUCGAGAAGAUUGGAAACCUGUUCUCAACAUUAACACAAUUAUCUAUGGAUUGUAUCAUAUUUUGACGGAACCAAACCAUGAGGAUCCCCUUAAUCUUGAGGCAGCUGCUGUGCUGAGAGAUAACCCCGAGUUGUUUAAAUCAAAUGUGAGAAGGGCUAUGUAUGGUGGAACUGUGAACAAUAUAAGCUUCACGCUAUGUGUGUAGCCUGUCCUGUUUUGAUCAGGUGCUGUAUCAUUUUGAGGCUUGCUGGGUUGUAUGUGGUGUCCGCAAACUUGCAGUGCCAUCUUAUCUGAGUGUCUGAUUUUCAUGGAAUAUAUAAAUUUUACCUUUAGCUUCUUUGAACGUGUAUCCGUCUGCGAAUAUUUUUUAAUUUUAAAUAUCAUUUUAAUUUUAAA